UACGAGAUAUCUCCGAACCUUUUGGAUAUCCAACCUGGAGCAAGAAUAUCCACGUUGAAGCAAGAAUAUCAAAGGAUAUCGAGCUGGAUAUUGUUUGACAUUUCUCCUGAGCAGAUUUAGUAUAGAUAUACUUCCCCAAUAUUUGAUGAGACUGAGUAAAGGCGGUUGAUUAGAAGUCUACUGACUAACCUUGAACCUGGAGUAAACUUUGGACCUAGAGGACACCUUGGCUAGACCUUGGAACUAGAGGAAACCUAGGCUAGACCUAGGAUCUAGAGGAAACCAAGGCUAAAUCUUGGACCUGGAGGAAACCUAGACUAAACAAAAAUGGAUCUGAAAUGAAUCAAAAGUAAGACCUGAAAGACCAAAACCUGAGACCCGGAAUAAAAAACUUAAAUAAAACCUGGAGUAAAGCCAAUACAACGCCUUGAACUUGAAAAACCCUCAAAAUUUAAUCUGGGACCCUGAUAAUAUAUAUACGUGGACCCAGAACCCAGAGAGAAACCAAGGCUGAAUCUGGGACCCUGAAGAGACAGACCUGAAACCUGGACCAGGAGUGAACCCAAGGCUGAACCUGAGACUCUGAGAAAGCUGAACUUAGUCUCCUGUAUGAUAAUGUAGAUGUGGAUGCCUGGUUGGCGGGAUGGGGAGAAGAACAAGAGGAAGAAUAUCCUGGAGAACAGUUGACAUUAGAGAAAGUUGGAAGGACGGAUCUAGUAUCUCGGAGAUUAAAGAACUAGGAUCAGAGCAGAUCUUCCAACCGAGGUUGGGUGUAGCAGAAUCUCCUAGUGAGUGUUUAAUCCCUGGGAGUGAAAAUAUCAAUUAUCCAAACCCUGAAAAACACGAGAAGUCAGAAACCCAGGUUGAGAAAUACCAAGAGAACCCGGAGAAAGGACGAGUUUUAACUGAGGAAAAAUUCAGGUAUAGAGGACGGAAAGAGGUUUUAAAACUCUCCGCUCCAGCUAAAAUUAGUCCUGAGAAACUGUGUCCUGGAAGAGAUAGAGAGACCGGAGAGAUUUACCCAGCAGGACGAAAAAUAGAAGCAUUGGGUCGAAAGGAGGAGAAAGUUAGGACGCAAAACAUCUUCUAUCCUCCGGAACAACGGAGUGAGGAGAAAUAUAAAAGCGAGAGCGGAUACAGGUUCACAGAGAGGCGGAGGUUAGACGGAUAUAGGUAUCCAGAACGGCGGAGGGCGGAGGGAUAUAAUUUCCUGGAAGGGCGGAGGGAGGAGAGUCACAAAUAUCCGACUGUCCGGCGUGGGAACGGAUAUCAUCUGUAUCCUGGAGAGAGUCUACAGGGACCCAGCAGAAUAUCCAUUCAGAACAAACUCUUCUCCGAAGGUGAGUUUACAAAGAUUACAACUCCUCGGCAGGAACUACUGUUUAAACGUCCUGUUCAAACUAAACCUGGAGAUACUAAGAAGAAGGAUCCUGUAGGACUAACAGAGGAUCAGAAAACUUUUGAAGGAGAGGAGAAAAUAGAAACAAUUGUGACCCCUGGUAUUAAAGCAGAAGAUUCUUUUAUUGCGCAGACAGAUCCAUCUAGCGGUGGGUUUAGGAACUACAGAAGUUCCUCCGGUGUGCCCAGGAACCUGUGCCUCAGUAUAAUAUUGACAAGAAUGGCACCAAAUAUGGAAGCUGAGAGAGAAGAGGCAGAGGAUCCAAUGAAAAGUGAUCUGUCCCGAGCUAAAGCUAAAUCAGUCAGGUUUGAUACAACAUCCAAGGACGGAGAAACAUUAGCUCCUCCUCCUCCUCCUCAAACCUUACCAGGACUAGAUCCAGACUCAGUUUAUGUAGUUUCAGGUCCUUUUCAAUACUACGACCCUGGUCAAAACCUUGUGACCGGAAUGCUGAUGGCAACACCUAUUCCCCAGGGAGUUACAGUUGUAGCGGUUCCCUCCGGUCAACAGCCUUCGCAACAGCUUCUUCAGCAGUAUCAACUGCAACAACAACAGAAACAGAAGCAGCAACAGCAGCAUUCUCCAGUUCAGAAAUCUUCUGAGGAAAAGCCAAGAUAUUUAAACCCUGCUCAGGGUUCAGUGUUUCCUCCGGUUCAAGCUCCGGGAGGCGGACAGUAUCCGCCCCAGCCUGAGUGUUGUGAUGGGUACAUGGAGCCACCCUCUACUCCGGUCUAUCCUUGUUUUAACAACGCUUCUCCACCAUUAGUUCUAGACUCCGCCAGGGCCCCAGGUCCCUGUCUUGUAAUGGGCGGAGGAUUGAAUAACUCCGCUCCGAGAAUGCAAAUCCCAGUCAAGAACACAGGAGACGGAUGUCCACUCCACCGCCCCCACUCCGGUACUCCAUACAUGAUGUAUUGGGACUCCAGCCAUCCGUCCGGAGUAUCAAUUCCUCUCCGACAACCCAACCCUCCUGUAUACUACAACCUCCCGGAGAAAGAGUCCCCAAUUAUGUCGGGUGCCCAGAGCCCGACCAGUGAUAUGACAAUCACCUCCUCCUGUUCUGAUAUGUCGGGAGAGGAGAAUACGGAUGCUCACGAGGAGAACCUAACCCAGCAAAUGUCUUAUCUUUCCUUCAAUCCAACCUUCAACGGACAAAACUCACAGAAUGCCAAUGAACAACUUAGUAAUAACUAUAACGCUCCCAUCAACAUGGCUGUCAACAAUCAAAAUAUCCAAACUAAUAACAGUCAAACUAUCCACACUGUUAACGGUCAUUUCAACCAGAUUGGUAUUAACGGUAUAUCAGGGUGCCAACAGGACCAAUACAAUAGUCUAGGAGCUAGAGGAUACUAUAUUUCCAACCCUGAAUCCGGUGAAUUAAACUCCAGGUCCUCCAUCUCCUCUGCUCAAAACUCUGGUCAACCCAAGAAUAUGCCGGUAGGUCGACCCAUCCCUCAUAUGUCGGUUGGAAACCAGAAUUUCGUUAACGGUCCUAGCUCUCCUCCGAUUCUAGUUCCUGCUCCAGUUCCUGGUUUAGUAGGGCUGGACGGAGGAAUGUAUCCGAGGGUUCAAAAUUCUCAACAACAGAUCUAUGCACCACACCACAACAUCCAGAUGUACCCGCAGCAGAUGAUGUACCCUGUGAGUAGUGGUACCGGCCCGCUAUACCCUGUUCCAGUCGGCAUGAGCCCAGCAGGCCCUGUUUACAGUAACGGACAUACCCCUGUACAGUACAGUACCGGACAGGCCCCUGUACAGUACAUGUACCAUCAAGGGAAUCAGAAUACACUAUAUGAACCCAACCCAACACAGAGGAAUACAAUGGUUCACUAAAAUACUGAGCACUUCUUGAAGAAGGAGGAGAAGGAGGGGAAAUUGGAGAAGAAGGAGAAGAAGGAGAAGUAGAAAAAGGGAGAAGAAGAAGGAG